AAAAUUAAAGUAAGAGAAAAUAAAAUUAAGAGAAAUAAAAAGCAAUGUUUUCCAGUAUUUAAUUAAAUCUUUGUAAGAUGUCGGACGAUUCUGAUUAUGAUGAGCUUGAAACUGAGGAAGUCGAUAUUUACAAGCAUAAGUCUCAGCUACUGGCUUUGCGAUGUGAGAUUUUGCAGCAGGAGAAUGAACGGCUUGUUCACCGGAUUCAAUUGGCCAGAAAAUUGUUGAAGCGAACCAAAAAAGAGAAAAAAUAUUUGGUCAAUCGUCUAGAUAAACAUGGAGACGAUUGGAAAGAAGUUCCUCUGGGUGUUCAGGAAGAAAACAGUGUCUUUCAAAGUAGUCCUCAGCCUGCUGUGAAUAAUGCCAAAGAGGAGAAAACAAAGAAAGGAUCGAAAAAGAAAGGUGCCAAGGCUGAUCCUAGUGCUCCCAAAAGACCAGCCAAUCCGUUUUUCCAGUUCUGCCAGGAACAGAGGCCUCGCGUGAUGGAGAGACUGGCUGGAGAACCAGAGCCUAGUAAGCAGGAACUAACCAGACAACUGGCAACUACUUGGAGAUCUCUUAGCAGCGACGACAAGAAGGUGUACUAUGAAAUGUAUGAAAAAUCCAAGAUGAAGUACGUUGCAGAAAUGCAAAUCUACAGUAAAAAAAUUGAAGAUGCACCUGCUCAGAUGCCUGUAGAUACAUCCUAAUACUGUAAAAUAUUAAAAUCUGUAAAUACCAAAUUUUACUACUAAAGUAUGCAACAUAUUUUUAAUAUAACUGCUAUCCGUAGGCUACAUGUAAAGAAAUUGUUGUUAAUGUAAUGUAAAUAUAUCGAAUUUUUUCAUAUAAA